UGAUUAAUAAGACUUUACCCCUCAAUUAAAUCAAGAAAUUCAUUACUCGAUCUUUUCCGUCACUCUCUCUCUAUAUAUAAAUAAUAGACUGAUAUGCUAGAACCAACCGCUAAUUUUGUGAACUUGUUUUAAUAUGCGCAUGGUAUGUAUCUCUCUCUCUUUUCUCUCUCUUGAUUUAUUUCCCUCUCUAAACCUGUUCAAUGAAGGUCGAAGACAUUGAAAUCCCUGUGAACAAACACCAAACACGACGGAAGACCACCGUGAAGAUUGCUCCGGUAAUAGCCCUAGCCAUAGUGCUCAUCACAAUCAUCCCUGUAUAUUACCCUAUGCUUAAAAUCCCACAAAAUUACCAUAUUUCCCAAUCAUUCUAUUCCUUUGUUUCUUUCCAAAAAAUACUAGAAGCUCCCCCUCCUCCAAUCCUUGACCACUCGCCUCCGGAAAGUAGCCCCGGACCUAGCCCUCCAAUCUUGCUGACUGAUAAAGAUGUCAGAAAACCACCAAUUCGCGGUGGUGAUCAUGUCCAGCUAUACCCUAAAAAGGAUGCAGGUGCAGAUGCAGAGAGACCAUCAUCAAUCAUAUCACCAACAUCUAACAGUGGCGAUCCUAAAAAGGAUGCAGAGAGACCAUCAACCAUGGUGGUGGAACAAUAUCCUAGAAAGGAGGUAGAGAAACAAUCAUCAAUUGUAUCACCACCACCUAUAAGUCUGGAUCACUUGUUUAGCCCUAGUAACAGCGGCUUGGUGAUCCGGCACAAGGACCCUAACAGUUGGAAUGGGUCUAGCAGACAAGGAAGUAGUGGUGAUGAUAAUAAUAAUAAGAAGAAGAAGAAGAAGUGUGAUGUAUUUUCUGGGAAUUGGGUUCGGAAUCCGGAGGCACCAUACUACUCAAACAAGACUUGCUGGGAAAUUCAGGAGCAUCAAAAUUGCAUGAAAUUUGGAAGGCCUGACACUGAAUACAUGAAAUGGAAGUGGAAACCAAAUGAUUGUGAGCUUCCCAUAUUCGACCCGGUUCAGUUCCUAGAGCUUGUGAGAGGGAAGUCUUUGGCCUUUGUGGGUGACUCUGUCGCAAGAAAUCACAUGCAGUCAUUGAUAUGCCUCUUAUCUAAGGUGGAAUAUCCUGUAGAUGUUUCCAUCUCCCCAGAGAAACAAAGCAAACGCUAUGAAUACAGAAACUACAACUUCACAAUAGCCAUUUUCUGGUCACCCUACUUGGUAAGGACCACAAAAACAGACCCUAACGACACAACCCAAACCCGCCCAUUCAAUCUCUUCCUGGACGAGUCCGACCCGGAAUGGACCACCCAAAUCGAACCUUUCCACUACGUGAUCAUCUCCGCCGGCCACUGGUUCUUCCGCCCCAGCAUGUUCUACGUGGAGCGCCGGCUGGUGGGCUGCCUCUACUGUCAAGAAACCAAUGUCAUCCCGCAAACAGUGUCCUUCAGCUACAGAAGGGCAUUUAGGACAUCUUUUAGAACCAUCAACAGGUUGAAGAAGUACAAGGGGAUGACAUUCCUAAGGACUUUCGCGCCGUCGCACUUCGAACAAGGGGUGUGGAAUGAGGGAGGAGAUUGUCAGAGGACGAGGCCAUUUAGGAGGAAUGAGACAAAGUUGGAGGAAUAUAAUUUAGAGGUUUAUAAAAUACAAGUGAAGGAGCUUGGAAAUGCACAGAGACUAGGGAGGAAGAGAAAGUUGAAGUUUAGGUUACUUGAUGUAACAAAGGCAAUGUUGUUGAGAGCAGAUGGGCAUCCUAGUAAAUAUGGACAUUGGCCUAAUGCAAAUGUGUCACUGUAUAAUGACUGUGUUCAUUGGUGCUUGCCUGGACCUAUUGAUACUUGGAAUGAUUUCUUGCUAAACAUGAUGAAGAUGGAAAAUAGGUGAUCAUUAUUUUGAACCCUAACAAGUUUUGUUUAAUUACUCGAUUCAUCUCUUUACAGUAAAUAUGAAUAAGAAAAACCACUUCUUUUUAU